AUGUUUCUUGGCAGAAGUACCACCCAAACUCAAACAUUCAUUCCUGCUCGCAACGCUCUUAUUGUGACAGCAGCUAUAUGUCGUUGCGUCUGUAUUUGCGUUAUUUUGCAUAUUUUGUACGAGAAGCUAUCGUUAAUGUUUAUCAAAUGGUCCGCUAAAAAUCUUGGAAAGGUUGCUAAAUAUUUGGUCGCUGAGGCGGAUCUAGACAACUUUGACGGGAGAUACAUCAACAACAAUAGCAACUACCACAACAACCGCAACCAUAAUAACCACAACAACAUCAACAACAACACGGAACAUUGUCAGGAAAACACAGUCCUCACAGAACAGUACAACACAGCACCGAACAAACCAGCCAUGGUGAAAGCACACGGCCACAUGCAUAUUGCAAUUACUGACCAGCGGAUGAUCAUCAAAGACAACAACAUCAACAAUCACAUCAACAACAACAUCCACAACAACAUCUGCAACAACAUCUACAACAUCAUCCACAACAACAUCCACAACAACAUCAACAACAACAUCAACAACAACAUCCACAACAACAUCAACAUCCACAACAACUUCCACAACAACAUCCACAACAACAUCCACAACAUCAACAUCAACAUCCACAACAACAUCCACAACAACAUCCACAACAACAUCCACAACAACAUCCACAACAACAUCCACAACAACAUCCACAACAACAUCAACAACAACAUCAACAACAACAUCAACAACAACAUCAACGACAACAUCAUUUAUUUGAAAGAAUUUAUUUCAAGAUGUCUACCAAGGCAAGUCGUUGUAAACGGGCUCUUGUAUUUGUUGACAAAUAAUUUUAAUUUUUUGGAUGACGAAACAUUUUUUUGUAAUACGGUUGAAUUCUACCACAACGAGAAAAUUGUUGCCGCUCUGAAAAUCCUGAAAAAUGAAAUGGAAACUUAA